CAUAUAUGGGCAUCGCCACCGUCCCGGAAGUUUGACGCCGGCGCACGUGACCGGAAGACGAUCACAUGAUUGAAUGUUUUAAAGAAAACGAGUGUCCAUUCACCCAGACGUGUGUGAAAUAAGACAUUAUUGGUUACAGUGAUCUGUUAUCUGUGAGCAGUCAUGAGACUUGUGAUUCUGGAUGACUAUGACCUGGCCAGUGAAUGGGCUGCAAAGUACAUCAGAAACCGGAUCAUCCAGUUCAAACCCAGUGCUGACCGCUACUUCACUUUAGGACUUCCAACAGGCAGCACACCUCUCGGCUGCUACAAGAAGCUGACCGAGUAUCACAAGAAUGGAGAUCUGUCCUUUAAAUACGUGAAGACCUUUAACAUGGAUGAGUAUGUAGGUCUGCCCCGGGAUCACCCUGAAAGCUACCACUCCUACAUGUGGAAUAACUUCUUCAAACACAUCGACAUCGAGCCUCAGAACACUCACAUACUGGACGGCAACGCCCGUGACCUGCAGGUGGAGUGCGCCGCUUUUGAGCAGAAGAUCGCAGCGGCUGGGGGCAUAGACCUCUUCGUGGGAGGGAUCGGUCCGGAUGGGCACAUUGCCUUUAAUGAGCCCGGAUCCAGUCUGGUGUCCAGAACCAGAGUGAAGACCCUGGCCAAAGACACUAUAGUGGCCAACGCCCGUUUCUUUGGAAACGAUCUUUCAAAAGUGCCUACCAUGACUCUGACUGUGGGAGUGGGCACAGUGAUGGAUGCCAGAGAGGUAAUGAUCCUGAUCACAGGGGCUCACAAAGCGUUUGCCCUCUAUAAAGCCAUCGAGGAGGGUGUGAAUCACAUGUGGACCGUAUCGGCCUUCCAGCAGCAUCCACGAACCAUCUUCAUCUGUGACGAGGACGCCACGCUGGAGCUCAGAGUCAAAACCGUCAAGUAUUUUAAAGGCCUGAUGCAUGUCCACAAUCAACUGGUCGAGCCGACGCUCAGUGUGAAGGACUACACAGAUUGAAUCAUCCGGACUGAUGCGGAUUCAGGGACCACAGUGGUUUUUAACGGUCAUAACCGCGUCUGUGUUGACGAGGACUUGAUCUGUGACGGGUCAGUGUUCAUACGUAAUUGCCAUAUAGUGUUGGGAUUAAAGGGACAGUUUAGCCAAAAUGGAGUUUCUUCAGCAGAACACAAAAGAAGAUAUUUUGAAGAAUGUCGAUAAUCAAACCACACUUAACUCCAUUGAAUGAACACACAACGACUGAGACAUUUCUCAAAAUAUCUUCUUUUGUGUUCCACUGAAGAAAGACUCACAUACAAUCACAAACAAGAGAAUAAAUGAUGAUUUUUUGGGUGACCUAUCACUUUAAAUCACAGACACUCGUCUCUAUAGAUAACAAAACCAUCACUAACCCAAAAGAGCAUCUGUUACAGCUAAUAAAAGCUUCUCUUUUGUACUUUUGUACAUUUCAUUUGUACUGUAUAUUAAAUCGGUUAACAUUUUUCAAAAAGGUCAACACGAAGUCAAGCGUUUGUUUGCAGACACACGCCAUUGGUUCGUUUAUUAAUGACACAUAUUACUUACUAAGUUGACUUGAGUGUUGUCAUUCAGCUGUUACAUACAUCUGUACACUCUUAAACUUGCUGAGAAUGUGUUGUAUCAUUUUAUUCUGACUUUACAUCCUUUUAAUGUCAUAAUGACUUUCUAUUGUUUCUUUUUCUUCUGAACUGAACUCUACUGAAGAGCAGCGUUACACACUUUUAUUUUUGAUCUGUACUGUAUCUGAACUGACUGUUUGUUUUUCACUCCCAAAGGCCAAUCAACCUUCAUAUGCACAAUAAAUGAAACUCUCUCAUUGA